CCAACGCCUGCAUAUCCUAAAGAUUUAUGGAGUAACUUUACAAUCCCAAUUGCCUAUGUUUCAAUAGUAAAUUAUGUCACGUCCAAGUCUUGAUCAUAUCGUCGUUCUCAUCUCUCAUGACACUCUCCUCACCCUAUCCGAUCGCCUCCAGCAUCUCUUCUUCGUCGCUCCGGGCGGGACCCAUGCGGAUGGGCUCACCUCAAACAGGCUGAUCCUGCUCCCCGAUGGGGUCUACAUCGAGCUCAUCGCGUUUGCCAAAGAUGCCGAUCCCGAGCAGCGCAGAAAGCAUCGCUGGGGCAGUCGGAAGGAAAACACAAUCAUUGACUGGGCGCUGACGUUGCCCAGCGAAAGGGAUUUCGCUGCCGUCCAGCAGCGCGUUCUCGCUUCAAACGCGGUCAUUUCUUACCAAAACCCGGUUGCAGGCGGUCGAAAGAGGGACGACGGAGCCAUUUUAGAAUGGGUUGUCAGCGCGGCGAGAGACGCCCAGGGCAAUGCAAUCUCCCCGGGGAGUCUGCCAUUUUGGUGCCUCGACAGAACCCCUCGACACUUGCGGGUACCCUACCAAGAGCAGCCAGAUCUGACCCAGCAUCCCAGUGGGGUACUAGGAAUAUCUUCGCUCUCGGUGUCUGUGCCUGAGGCACAGCUGUCCGACCUGUCGACAGUAUACGAUGCAAUCUACCCUCCGGCAGGUUCAACGGGAUUACCACCUCUAAAUUGGCAUUAUGAGGUUCCCUCAGGGUCGAGCGUUGGGAAGCACAACAUCUCCCUUUCUGCAAACGAAGGGGACGAAGGGGAACCAGUGGUCAGGCUCACCUUUCAUGGAGAGACCCCAGGACAAGUUGAACUUCUGCCCGGGCUUAUAAUUGCAGUUGAGUGAGAAGAGCUACGUC